AUGGCAGAGGCAGUGGUGACGAUUGCUCUUGAAACCAUCCGUGAUUUGCUAUUGGAAGAGGGAAGGUUUUUAGUUGGCGUGGCUGAUCAAGUGAAGGAGCUCGAGUGGCAGCUCAAAGAGAUGAAGUGUUUCCUAGAAGACGCUGAUAAAAGACGACAUGAAAGCAGAACAAUCUCUAAUUGGAUCUCCGAGAUCAGAGAUCUCGUCUAUAGAUCUGAAUCCGCCAUUGAAAGACACGCAGCUUAUCAAACUUUGCAAUUGAUGAAAGAUUUGAGAAAAUUGGAACAAAUGGUGCGGAAAUGUGGGUAUUUGCCAUUGGCAAUUUCUUUACUCGGUGGGGUUUUGAGAAAGGAAAGUUCGAUUGUUGAGUGGGAAUUAGUAAAUAAGGAUAUUAAAGAAGCCAUAUAUGGAGAUGAAAAGCAGAUUGAUGGAGUGCUAAAUUUAAGCUAUGAAAGUCUACCCUAUUAUUUGAAACCUUGCUUUCUCUAUAUGGGUAUAUUUAACGAGGACGAAACCAUAUCUGCUUGGCGUCUAUAUAAGAUGUGGAUAGCACAAGGCAUGAUUUCUUAUGAGAAUAUUGGAGACAAGAAGGAAAGUUUAGUGGACAUUGCUGAGUUGUACUUAAAUGAGUUGGCCUCCAGGUCCAUCGUGCAAGUUGAAAUUGUGUUUGCUUAUGAUGCUGCAAAUAGAAGUCAAAAAUUUUAUGCAUGCAAACUUCAUGACGUAGUACGAGAACUGUGCUUGAAGUUGGGGAAAAGGGAGGAUUUUGGUGUGCAGAGUUUGGAGUAUCAAGGCGGGAAACUUAGUAGCGUACUGCGCGAAGCGUUCUUGCAUAUGAAAAUACAACAAUUUGCUAUCGAUUUCAAAAUUGAAGUUAAUCACGAGCUUACAAUAGCAUGUGGAGAAGAUAAUAGCAAGCAUAUAAGGUCUCUUCGAUUAUCCAAUCUCAUAAAAUCGAAUGAUGUUGAGUAUCCCCCAGUAAGUAUAGUUGAUUUUCAAAAAUUCAAAUUGCUGAGAGAUCUAGUUAUCGUGAGAUUCAAAUUUGCAGGAGGGAAGUUACCAAGAGGAAUCACUAAUCUUGUUCACCUCAGACGCUUGUGUUUACAACAAUGUGAACUUGAUAAGCUACCGUCUUCCAUUGGGAAUUUGGUAUACAUGGAUAUCCUUGAUUUAGGAUACUCAAGGAAUGUUGAAAUUCCUAAUGUUUUUAAGGAGAUGUUGCGAUUAAAACACUUGAUUUUCCCAGACUAUGGAAAUGAAAAGGUUGGAAAUUAUCGAAUAAGAUUGCAUGAGGGAGUAGAUGAGCUAGAGACUCUACAAAACUUAGAUAGUAGAUUUCAUGAAUUUAAUUGUGUUCGCAAAAUGAAAAAUCUCCUACGUUUUGCAGCAAGAAUACAUGAUAAUGGAACCUUGUCAGCUAUCAUGAAUGCCAUUAUGAACUGGAACAAGAUAGUAGCUUGUAAACUUUAUAUUGAAGACAGGUGCGACUUAACAACAGAGAAAAUGCUGGAGAAGGCUUUGACAUGUCCCAAUCUUCAUAUUUUGUGGAUUAGUUCUAAGUUAGGGAAGUUAGGGAAGGUGCUAGCAGAGUGUGGGAGUGACUUGAUGAGUUCUAAACUUAGGUUUUUGGAUUUGUUUGGAUCCGAGAUUGAAGAUGAUCCAAUGGGGAUACUGGGAAAGCUUCCUUGCUUAAUAUGUUUGCGAUUAUAUUGGGAAUCAUUUGUUGGGGAGGAGAUGACGUGUCCAGCAAACAGUUUUCUCUGGCUCGAGAGGCUAACAUUGAAAAGUUUACCAAAGUUGAGGGAGUGGAGAGUGGAGGCAGGAGCCAUGCCCCUUCUCUCUAAAUUAACGAUCGGAGACUGUUCUUGUCUGGAGAUGGUUCCAGAGGGAUUGAGCGGCAUUUCUACCCUUCAGACUCUUGUAAUUAAACAAAUGCCGAAAUUGAGAGAAAGGGUAUCACCAUCAGGACAGGAUUUCCACAAAGUCUCCCAUGUCCCUUCAAUUCGUAUCAAGGACUAG